AUGACCUCGAUCAAACGGAAUCCAUCUUUUAAAAAGGCCAUAGAAGAUGCGGAGACGGCGGUGGUUUCUCAGGAAGAUCUACCCGAACAGAGUACCAUUCAGAUUGAAACAGAAAAUUCGAAGUUUGCCAUUGCUGAAUUGGAAAAGGACAACACUACAGUUCAAGUACCAACAAAGUGUCGGAAAUGCGGGAAGUGCCAGUAUGCAAGAUGUGAAUGGGAACACUUUCACGAGGAGCGUCUUCAACGAUGUCUCCUGGCUCAUGAAGUAAUCGACGAAAUAUUGACAAGAUUGGAGCGUGUUACGUUGAAACAUAGAGGAAUACGUUUGCCGCAGGAACUAAUGAGAAAGAAGUUGGAAGUUCACAGUACUCAAGAACUGAAAAUUAUAUACGAAGAGAUGAGGCAGAAGGUUUUAAAACUUUUGCAUGAGGAGCAGGUGUUGGAGCGAUUGGGAGUUCGUGAUAUUCAUCCGAUGGCUGAAUUUAUGAAAUCAUUAAUGCAAGACUUUAAAAUGUGGAUUUUGAACAAAAGAACACAGUUCAGGAGACGGUUUUCGAAGAAGGAAGCUAGGAGAGACGACAAAUGA